AUGAGUUCUUCAUCGGACGAGGAAAAUGCUGGGAAUUUUUUUCUUGGCAUGAUUCUUGAGACGGCUAAAAUUGUUGCCGAGAUGGAAGAAGAUGGUGAAGACGAAGAAACUUCACAACCAAGAACGAGGGUAGCCGCGUUAAAUAGAGAUCGCGAAGGUGCUUAUGAACGUUUGGCUGGUGACUAUUUUUCUAAAAACUAUGUGUACACUAACGAACAAUUUGGGUGUCGGUUUCAAAUGAGUCGACAAUUGUUCGUACGUAUUGCCAAUGAUUUGGCUAAUUAUGAUGACUUUUUCACAUUACGCUACGAUGGUAGAGGGAGAAGGGGUUUUACUACGUUUCAAAAAUGUACUUCGCCACUUUGUCAAUUAGCAUAUGGCACUGCUAGUGAUUCAUGGAAUGAAUCUUUAACAAUGUCCGAGAGAAUGAGUUGGGGGUGUUUAUAUGAAUUUUUCAAAGGUAUUGUGAACCUGUAUAGGAAGGUCUAUUUACGUAGGCCAACGAAGAAGGAUAUUGGAAAGCUUUAUACAUUCCAUGAAGAGACACAUGGAUUUCCUGGGAUGCUAGGAAGCAUUGAUUGUACGCAUUGGCAAUGGUGUAAUUGCCCUGUGGCAUGGUGCGAUCAAUAUAUGAGUGGUGAUAUAGGUUAUCCAUCAAUAAUCUUAGAGGCCGCUUGCUCACAAGAUUUAUGGAUUUGGCAUGCCCUUUUUGGGGUUGUAGGUUCAAACAAUGACUUAAACCUUCUAACUAGAUCUCAUGUUUUCGACGAUAUCGAUUCUUCUUUCAUGCUCAAUGGGGUGUCAUACAAGCAUGGGUAUUACCUAGCCGACGAUACAUACCCAUCCUAUACUGCAAUGGUUAAAACUAUUCCUGAACUCAGUGAUGAAAAAAGAAAAAAAAUGUUUGCGAAGUGGCAAGAAUUGGCAAGGAGAGACGUCGAACGGUUGUUUGAUGUGAUAAAGGCAAAAUGGGGGAUAAUACAACAACCAGCUCAUGCAUUUGAACCAAAAAAAGUGAGAUACAUUAUGUAUGCUUGUUUAAUACUACAAACGUGA